AUGAUAAUCAAGAAGAACCUCAAAUCCCAAAUGCCGAGUCUGAAACGGUGCAAACUCGGCGAGUCAGCGGGUGAGGACGAAGAUAACUCGGGCAGGAAGAAGAGGAAGACUAAUGGGUAUUACCCUCUCAAUCUACUCGGCGAGGUCGCCGCUGGUAUUAUACCGGUCAGUCUUCACGGUUUGCUCGGUUCAGUUGGGGCCGAGAAGGGCUUCUCUGCUUCGUGGUGCACCGAAGUCUCGUGCUCCCCUGAGGUGGAGUUGAAAUCGAAGAGCAGAGAGUCAGCCAAAGCGAAGACUAAUCGGACGGCAGAAGUUUCGCGGCCGCCUCUAGUGAGGACUUCGAGGGGCCGAGUUCAGGUACUUCCUUCUCGGUUUAAUGACUCCGUUAUUGAGAACUGGAAGAAAGAAAGUAAGACUAGUUUGCGUGAUUAUAGUAUAGAUGAGGAGAUUGAGUGUAAAAAAGAGAAAGCUAGCUUUAAAGCCCCCAAACAAGGUAGCCAAAAUGCCAAAAAGACACGAAAUGCUGAGAGAAUUGGAUAUAACAGUAAGAAGUAUUCGGGUAUGUGUGAAGAAGAAGAUGAAGUAGAGGAAGAAGGGAGUAUGCGGUUUAGAAGUUUAGAUAUUAGGAAGUAUUCGAGCUCACGUAGUACACUCACGUCAGUGCAUGAGCAAUUGGUUGAAGAUGACAAGUGUCCAGUUGCAGAAAUUGAUGAACAAGAUGAUUUAGUGGGCACAGUGAGGGCUCCAAAGGAGAGGAAAGAUGGAUUGUAUGGACCCGAAGACUUUUAUUCGGGUGAUACAGUGUGGGCGAAGCCAGGGAGAAAGGAGCCUUUCUGGCCUGCCAUUGUUAUUGAUCCAAUUUCGCAAGCGCCUGAGCUAGUUUUGAGGGCUUGCAUACCAGAUGCAGCAUGUGUGAUGUUCUUUGGAUACUCUGGGAAUGAGAAUCAAAGGGAUUAUGCUUGGGUCGGACGAGGGAUGAUUUUUCCCUUUAUGGAUUAUGUGGACAGGUUCCAGGCGCAGUCCGAAUUGAACAGCUGCGAGCCCUGUGAAUUCCAGAUGGCAAUUGAGGAGGCAUUUUUGGUGGAACAAGGGUUUACGGAAAAGUUGAUAGCAGAUAUAAACAUGGCGGCAAUGUAUGAUGACUCUCUACUUGGAGGGGUUCAAGAGGCUACAGGUUCAAAUCAUGAUCUGGACUGUCAAUUACUGAACCAGGACGUAUAUGGGAAGAAGAGAGACAUACGACCCUGUGAAGGCUGCGGUGUUUACCUUCCUUUUAAAAUGACAAAGAAAAUGAAGGUUUCAACUCCUGGAGAUCAAUUUCUUUGUAAAACGUGUGCUAAGUUAACAAAAUCAAAGCAUUAUUGUGGCAUAUGCAAGAAGAUUUGGAAUCAUUCAGACAGUGGAAGUUGGGUUCGCUGUGAUGGUUGUAAAGUGUGGGUGCAUGCAGAAUGUGACAAAAUUUCCAGCAACCUUUUUAAGAAUUUGGGAGGCACUGAGUACUACUGCCCUACUUGCAAAGUGAAAUUUAAUUUUGAAUUAUCAGAUUCUGAAAAAGGGCAACCAAAAGUAAAAUUGAGUAAAAAUAAUGGUCAAUUGGUGCUGCCUAACAAGGUUACUGUUCUCUGCAAUGGCGUGGAAGGCAUUUAUUUUCCAAGUCUUCACUCAGUCGUGUGCAAGUGUGGUUUUUGUGGGGCAGAGAAACAAGCACUUAGUGAAUGGGAGCGACACACAGGUUCCAAAUCAAGAAACUGGAGGACUAGUGUCAAAGUGAAAGGUUCUUUACUGCCACUGGAACAAUGGAUGCUGCAGUUAGCAGAGUAUCAUGAAAAUGCUAUUGUGUCUUCCAAACCUCCUAAACGGCCUUCUAUUAAAGAAAGAAAGCAGAAAUUGCUUACUUUUUUGCAAGAAAAGUAUGAACCUGUUCAUGUCAAGUGGACAACAGAACGAUGCGCUGUAUGUAGAUGGGUUGAAGAUUGGGACUACAAUAAAAUCAUCAUCUGCAACAGAUGUCAAAUAGCCGUUCAUCAAGAAUGCUAUGGAGCAAGAAAUGUUCGGGAUUUCACUUCGUGGGUCUGCAAAGCAUGUGAAACACCUGCAGUCAAGCGAGAAUGUUGCCUCUGUCCUGUUAAAGGAGGUGCUUUAAAGCCAACUGAUAUUGAGACAUUGUGGGUUCAUGUUACAUGUGCUUGGUUCAGACCCGAAGUCUCUUUUGCUAGUGAUGAAAAGAUGGAGCCGGCUCUUGGGAUCUUGAGUAUUCCGUCAAAUUCUUUUGUGAAGAUUUGUGUUAUCUGUAAGCAAAUUCAUGGUUCAUGCACGCAAUGUUGCAAGUGUUCCACUUAUUACCAUGCAAUGUGUGCAUCAAGGGCAGGUUAUCGCAUGGAGUUGCACUGUUUGGAGAAAAAUGGAAAACAGAUCACAAAGAUGAUCUCUUAUUGUGCUUAUCACAGGGCUCCAAAUCCAGAUACUGUCUUAAUUAUACAGACUCCUUUAGGGGUGUUUUCCGCCAAAAGCCUUCUCCAAAAUAAGAAGAGGCCUGGUUCAAGGUUAAUUUCGUCCAAUAGAACAAAGCUUGAAGAGGUUUCGACAGUUGAAACUACCGAGCCUGAGCCAUUAUCUGCUGCAAGGUGCCGAGUAUUCAAAAGAUUGAAAAAUAACAAGAAGAGAGUAGAGGAAGAUGCUGUUGCGCACCAAGUGAUGGGACAUUCCCAUCAUCCCCUUGGAGCAAUUCGAAGUUUGAAUACAUUCAGAAUAGUAGAGGAGCCUCCAACUUUUUCGUCUUUCAGAGAACGGCUGUACCAUUUACAGAGAACCGAACAUGAUCGUGUUUGCUUUGGUAGAUCUGGGAUACAUGGAUGGGGUCUCUUUGCACGCAGAGACAUUCAAGAAGGAGAAAUGGUUCUUGAAUACCGUGGUGAACAGGUGAGGCGCAGUGUUGCAGAUCUUAGGGAGGCACGUUAUAGAUCAGAAGGCAAAGACUGCUAUCUGUUUAAGAUCAGUGAAGAAGUGGUGGUGGAUGCUACUGAUAAAGGAAAUAUAGCACGCCUGAUCAACCAUUCAUGCAUGCCCAAUUGCUAUGCGAGGAUCAUGAGUGUGGGCGAUGAGGAAAGCCGGAUUGUACUUAUUGCAAAGGCUGACGUAACUUCCGGUGACGAGCUAACGUACGAUUACUUGUUUGAUCCUAACGAGCCUGAUGAAUUCAAAGUCCCUUGUCUAUGUAAAGCUCCCAACUGUCGGAAAUUCAUGAAUUAG